AUGGCGUCCAUGGCUUCCGUAUUCCAGCUUCCAUUGAAGACCUUCGGGAGCUCAUCUCAGCGCUCGGCUUCCUUACCGAUAUCCGCUCUUCAUCCGGUUAAUCGGGUUAAUUUGGCGCCUCUUUCGUUUUCAGAGUCAACUAGGGCGAAGCAGAGUUUCUCCGUCCGGGCGGCGGCGAUCGAAGACGAGUGGGGUCCUGAGCCGAAGUCCGAUCCGUCGGUGGCGGUUCUGGAGGAGAAACCGUCGGAGGUCGAUGUGCUGAAGAAGCAGCUGGUGGGGUCUUUCUACGGGACGAACAGGGGGCUGAGCGCCUCCAGCGAGACGAGGGCGGAGAUCGUGGAGCUCAUUACGCAGCUCGAGGCAAAGAAUCCGACGCCGGCGCCGACUGAGGCUCUGUCGUUACUCAACGGGAAAUGGAUUCUCGCGUACACAUCAUUUGCGGGCUUGUUCCCAUUGUUGUCAAGGGGUGCCGGUCUACCUCUGGUGAAACUUGAAGAGAUAUCUCAGACUAUUGACUCUGAGAAUUUCACUGUCCAGAACUCCGUCCUUUUUGCUGGACCAUUGGCAACUACUGCAAUUUCCACCAAUGCCAAAUUCGAAGUUCGGAGUCCCAAGCGCGUGCAGAUUAAAUUUGAAGAAGGCGUGAUUGGGACCCCACAAUUGACCGACUCCAUAGAGCUGCCCGAAAACGUGGAAUUUCUCGGGCAAAAGAUUGAUCUCUCGCCCUUCAAAGGUAUUCUGACCUCUGUACAAGACACAGCCUCGUCUGUAGCCAGGACCAUCUCUAGCCGGCCGCCACUCAAAUUCUCCAUAUCCAGCAACUAUGCAAACUCAUGGCUCCUCACUACUUACCUCGACAGUGAACUUCGCAUUUCAAGAGGAGAUGGGGGCAGUAUAUUCGUGCUCGUCAAGGAGGGCUGCCCCCUUUUGACUACUUAG